AUGUUAUACAAGAAGCCUAUCAAUAGACAACAACAACAUUAUGAACAAGAACAAGAACAUCAUCAGAUAACAUUUGUUGUAGACGAUAAGGUUGAACCAACAUCAUACAGUGGUAUCAGAACAAGAAAGUUCGACUACUCAAAGUUGGUUGGCAACACUGAUCCAAACAGGUACAUUCAGCGUGAGCAGAAGGAGCCCGUGGUCAUCAGAUCGAGUAUCAAGCAGAAUGAUAUGGUUUGGCUGGGCCACAACUCAUUCGUAAAGUCAGCUGUGAUGGCAUAUAGUAAUCAUUUGCAUUUGGUAAUCAGACCGGAUGAUGUGUGGCUGGCAUUGAUCACCCAGUUCUCAUACUAUGUCAAUGGCAAUGCAGAGUUGUUGCGCGACAAGUUUGUGACAUUCGAUGGAAAGCGAGAGUUGAGGGUCUCAGCUGGCGGCUCAUUGUUCAGCGCACCGUAUGAAGAGCUCACUCUUAUGAUGUCCGAUAAGAUCGCAGAGAAUAUCAAGGACGCCUCAAUCCGAGACUGGGUGCUGCCUGGUUUCACGACAACUACCGCAACCGACAAGAUUGUCGGCACGAUCGCCUUGAUGUCCACUACCAAGGCGUACUUUGACUUUGUGUUUGAGCUCGAAUGCGGACUGCCCAAAGUGACGCUGCUUGGUUCGGUGGACGACUGGAAACUGAUCAGACAGCGCUUGGAAGGAUUUCUCACAUUCGACACCAAGGAUGGCCACAUGAAGCGAUGGGUAGACAUGUUGCUGCCAGUGCUUGAUCACAUGGUGCGCUCAGCCGAGGGCAAUCCGGACGUCGCCUGGUGGAACCGUAUCGCUCACAAGCGUGAAGGUGGCUCGGGACCGACAUGGCUGUCGGGCUGGAUCACAACAUUCAUGGCAUUCGACGAGGAUGGAAAGUGGCAGGCAGAUGUACCCAAGGUCACGGUGCCAUUUGGUGAAGAGCCUGGCGAGUUCGAUUCGCCAUGGCCUAUCAUCGACUCUCAACAUAUACCUCGAGGCUUUGUAUCAUGUCCACUAAAGAUUGAUGAUAAUGGAACUGUAUAUGAUACUGAUAUCUACUCUGGACACAUCGUAUCCAAGUUGAUCAAUAACCAAACAACCAUUGUUCCACAACUAGACUGGUGUUUAUUACUAUCAUCUAAAUAA